ACAUGAUCUUGUCAAAGUAUGGGAAAGCAUAGGGUACGGAGAUAUAGUUACAGAUACAAAUGACCUUGUACUCCAGGGUCAAUUUCUUCUAUGCUAUCCACCCGGUUCGACAUUUGAUUAUAGUAUAGAUAUUAUUUUUGAUAAGGUUAAUUGUUUGUACAAACUUGGAUAUAGACUUAAUAUACCUUUAUUUAGUGAAAUAAUAUUACUAUGUAUGAGAUUUAUUGACUUGAUUGGGAAUGAUAUACUCCAAAUAUGUUCUAAACUAAUGAAUCGUGUUGCAGAAGAUGUAUUAUUAGAUUUUUUAAGAUUAAGCAUGUUUUCAGAACAAGAUUUUACAUUGAAACUAGAAAGUAUAUUAAGAAGCACAUACGAAAAGAGAGAUAUUAAUAUACAAUUAAAAGAGAUAUUACCAUUUAAGAAGAACUUUCUAAAGUGGAUAUUGACAACAUAUAACACCACAUCAAACGUUGUUGAUAAAUACUUUAAUUUUAUUUUACAUCUACGAGUUAUCAUCAAUAUAUUCGAGGGAUCAUUUGCAAAUGGAAUGACUCUUGGAUUUUCCAUGCAGGAUAUCAAAAUGAUCAAAGAAUUAUUUCAUCAUUUUGUGUAUUCCGGUUGUAUAUUCAAAAAGGAGCAUUUGGAUAUUAUCCAAUUAUGUAAUGAUAAAGAUAUUUUACAUCUAUUUUUUGAUCAUUUUAUUAUCGGAACAACACAAUUACAAAAAGAGUGGCUAGAUACCCUAUCUUGCUUUGAGUGUAAAAAAUAUACAUUGGGUAAUUUCGAAUUCGAU